AUGCUGGAGUCUACUUGCACGGACGGCAACUGUGGAUUGGAUGCAAUCAUAAGCAACUUGAAGCGCCUUGACUUGACGGAGCCUGCGCUGGCCCAGAAAGUACAGACGGUGUUGAACAAGAAGGACUUAAGUAGUGCAUGCCAGGUUCUUCGGUUGGGACUUCUUGUUUGGAUCAGGGACAACGAGCACCAGGAGAUUUUGCCUGACGUAACAUUGCUGGAUUGGAUGAGAAUGGAAGGAUACGACGGCAAAGCUGAUUAUAUCAAGGCAAUGAGACAAAAUGGUGAGUGGAUUGACACACUCAUGCUAUUUGCAGCCUCGACUGUUUUUCGGGCACAACUACUGGUUUUCCUGGAAGAUGGCUCAUCUCACGUCCUAGCUGCUCCAGAAGUACAGGCGAUGGCCUCCAGCCCAAUCUUCUUAUUGGGAAAUAUAGGCAACUUGCACUUCUAUGCUGUUCGUCCGCUACCAACGGAGGAGGCAGAUCCAUUGACUGCUGGGAGAACCCAACCAGAUUUGUUGCGCGAAAACUGCCCAGCUCAAGAUGAGUCGCUCUUUCGGCUUGCUGCCGCUCUCAUGGAUUGGAAUCCGUGGGAUGCGAGCAGUUCCAGUGACCUGCCAAAUCUUUGCGACGAGUUCGAAUCCUCGGGUCCGGGGGAUGUUCUGUCGAAGUCGCUGACAUGCCGCAGUGCACUUAAGCUGCUUCAACACGAAGCAGCGGACGCAGAGGCGGGGAUCGAUCGGAGCUACGCACUUGUCAUUGCGAAGAAUCAUCUGAACCGCUGGCGUGGCCGCUGUACCUUCGACAAGUCGCGGACGCUUUCCGCGAAGCUGUGUGUGGCAGGAAUUCAGCGGUCACUGGCGCGAAAUUGUCAACAGCACUCGAAGCGGCACACUUGUUUGGAGACUGUUCGGAAACACCCGACAAUUGUGCUAAAGUGGCGCAAACUCUUCUACGCACUUCCAAAGGCAGAUAGGGAGGAGAGGCUGCGCAACAUGUUUUUGCAAUCGAAGCAGGCGCAUGAUGCAGAGGACCCUGACUUUCGAACCGAGUACAGUGUGCUGGGGAUGAAGGUAUGCCGCAAUGCUUUCAUAAGUAUAACUGGUAUUCACGCUGACACGCUGCAGCGUGUGCGAAGUUCUGUUGCGCAAGGGGCUGUCCACGGCUGCAACAUGGGAGUUUGGAGAGCAAGACGUCGAAACAAGCAGAAACCGGCUGAUCAAAUAGCUGGCCUCAAGUAUUUUCUGAAGAUGUGGCGGACGGAGCUGCCGUGGAUAAAACGUCGACCAAGCGCCGGCCCCUUCACCCACUGCGGUCUCUGCGACUACUUGAAAUGGAUGAUGCAACAGAGCCGUGACAAAGCGGCUCGGGAGAGCGUGGCCGAAAUCUUGGGCGAGCACUUUGAGUUCCAAGCGGCCCAAAGGGCCUUCAUGUCACAGGUGUUCCAGGAGAGUGUAUCAGACCCGUCAGAGGUGCUUGCUGUGUCCUGGGACAAGAUGGAUCAAGCAAAAACGAUCGUCCCUCGCAUUGUCGCUUUGAGCAAUACGCAGUUUAUGAAAGGCGGCUCCCGCCUGGUGGUCUCCUUGAUUGGGGUCCUAGCGCCGGCCAUCCUGAAGCGCCCGUUGUUGUAUACGAUCUUGGAGGACCAAGUGCACGGCGCGGAUAUGAUUGCAAGCCUGAUGCUAGACGUCCUGCAAGAGUCUACUGAAGUCAUGGGCCAGCUGCCCCGGCGCUUGUUUAUUCAAGCAGACAAUACGAUCAAAGAGACAAAAAACACGAUAGCUUUGUAUGCAGCGGCCUGGCUGUUGGUGCAGUUGCGCGGCACGCGCUUGCAAUGCAUAGAGUUCGGCUAUUUGGUUGUAGGGCAUACUCACGACCUCAUCGACGCCAUGUUUGCGUAUGUCUCUAAGGCAUUGGCAGGCCAGGCACAAUCAUGGUUCCAGAAGCUGCGUGAGCUCCUCCAAGCUGGGAACAUGCAGACAUCUGGCGUGGACCAAUGCCUGGCCAUUCUGCACCAUGAGGAUGAAGACUUCCUCCCCUCUAAGCAAUCGGUGGGUGACCGCAUCGUCAAAAUUCGCCGCGCUGCAGAGCAACAGCAAAGAAAUGCUGGCGUGAACGGCGGGCUGGGCUUUUCUGAAGAGCUUCGCAAGGCGAUGAGUGCAGCGUUUCCGGGCUCUUCUGCGCAGAACCGUCCCGGGAGCACGGGCUUGCUGAGGGUCGUGGGUGCUCGCGCCGCGGCGGCCGAUUCCGGCUUUUGCAACGAUGAACUGGAGACCGGGAUGCUCGUCAUUUUCGAAUGUGGCAAGAACCGUCUUCUGCCUUGCAGGGUGGGGCGAAUCCUGCGAAUCAUGCGAGAGCAUUCUCGCGAGAGCAUGGCGAUCAUCGAGGUCUGGCGAGACAUCGCAAAGCCCGAGAAGUACGAACGCCCCAAUCUUUUUGGAACCUGGUCACCGCCCACCAAAGUGGCAGAAGUCUCUGCUGCGAAACGUCGAAGCCGAGGCUGUGCGCUGCAGCAUGUCAUUACGAUUCCGCUUGGAAAGGUGCUGGUUUGGCCUUUGACACUCGAGGCAAAAGAAGGCCAGGAUGCUUCAGAUGAGAGCGGGAAGAUCCCAUUGGCGGCCAUGCAUUUUCUGCGAGAGGCUGGUCACAUGGAUUUGUCUGGCAAGGACUACACAUUCAGCAAGCGAGGUCUCGCUUUCUACAACCAGGCUGUCAAACGCACAGCAAAUUUCCUUCGCGCAGGAGAAUAA